AUGGAAGAUCGUCCUAUAAAAAAGAAGAGGACAGAAGUCCACGGAAGCCAAAACGUCGAGCUUCCACCCGAGAUUAUAGAUGCGAUUCUUUUAAGGUUACCAGUGAAGCCCUUGUGCCGCUUCAAGCUUGUAUCCAAGUCAUGGCAAUCCCUAAUCUCCCAUCCUGAUUUCGUCGCAAACCAUUCUAAAGCCGCCGUUGAGAAUAAGGACAGACGGCGCCUCUUUAUCAAUAAUUUAUUGUACUCGUCAUUUCUGCUAUACUCUUUGAAUCUCGACCAGUUUCUCAAUGAGAAUGAUCAUACCGUUGAUGUUGAUUUAGUAGCAGCACCCACUGAGCUUGAUUUUUGGGCUCCCUCUGUCCAUUGUUCCUGCUAUGGCUUGUUCUUGUCGACAGAGUUUGCCAGCGACAACUGUUACUGUUUGAUCAACCCUGUAACCAAGGAAUCAAAGAAGCUGCCAAAGCCACCAAUAUGGAGACUACCACUGAAUCCCUUCUUUCUUUGUAUAUAUGCACUUGGAUUUGAUUACUCCACUAACGAAUACAAGGUGAUUAACGGGCAGGAAUAUGAUGAUGGACUUGUGUUUAGUGUCUAUACAUUGCAGACCGGCUCUUGGCGAAAGAUUGACGACUUAUUUCCCUACAAAGUUUUCGGUUGUUUGGAUGGGAUCAUGGUGCAUGGUCAUGUUCAUUGGUUGGCGAGGAAGGUUGCAGAUGGAUCAUCGGUGAUUAUAUCUUUCCUUUUAGCAGAGGAGACGGUUAGAGAAAUUGCACUACCACCCAAUGCUCCUAAUGAUUCUAUUAACCUAGGGGCAUUCAGAGAUUGGCUAUGUGUAACAUCAACAUCAUAUAUAGCAAUAUUUAAUGAGUUUUGGGUUAUGAAGAAAUAUGGAGUGAGCGAGUCGUGGACUAAAAUGAGGGUCUCUAAACCAUAUAAGGAUUUAUCACAUUCCGGUUUCUGGACAGAAACCCAUGAUCUUAUGGUGUUUGAUGAAAAAUUAUUACUUAUGUACAAUUUUAAUGAUGACAACUUUUGGACUUUAUCAAUCGGCGAAGUUGAGACUAUUAGUAGUAUAGGUAGCUAUGUGGAGACCCCUGGCUACCUUAACUCAUUGAUCAAGAACAACAAGUUUCAAGGAAGAUGA